AUGGCUCAGGUCAACCUUCAAACACUAGAAGAUUAUGUGGUCGUCAAGUGCUACAACACCUUUAACAUCGUCAUAUCAAAGUCUUUUUUAACAUUCAUUCGACGAAAACCACAGCUAGAGGCUGAAUUGAAAAUCAAGUACAUCGCGCAUGUUAACCAACACGCCCCAAAAGAGACUCUAAGCGUCAUGAUGGUAGGUGUUGAUGGCAUGUCUAGAAACAGCAUGAUACGCUCCAUGCCAAAGACAAGAAAUUUUCUGCUAGAUACUAUGAACGCUGUAGAGCUACACAAACACAACAAAAUGGGAGACAACACGUACCCUAAUGUUGUUGGACUUCUAACAGGACAAAAUGAAUUUUAUUUGCUAAAUAACAGCUGGAACUGGGAUAUGCCUUUCGACCAUAUUAAUCAUUUAUUUCUGUGGAGCGCUUACCGCAAUGCCGGCUACAGAACGGCCAUGUUUUUAGAUCGAUCGUAUGUCACGGCAUUCCACUACCAGAAACGUGGCUGGGUCAAGCAGCCGGUGGAUUACUACUUUCGGGAGGCGGUGGUUGACUCUGAGUCAGACAUGAUGCGUAAUGGAAGCUGUGUAGGUGACGUUCCAGACAUCACUCUACUGACCGACUACUGGGUGAAGUUUGCGACUUUGUUCAACAAUUCUAAAACGGAGCCGUACUUUACAUAUAGCUUCUCUGCAAAUUUGACCCACGAUGACGUCAAUAUGGCAAGUGCAGGUGAUGAACUCUACUACAGAUUCUUGUCCAAGUUGGUGGACGGAAACCUUCUAAACAACACCGUCCUUGUGUUUUUCAGUGAUCACGGGCCCAGAUUUGGACCUAUUCGAUCCACAUACAACGGCAUGAUAGAGGCGAGGACACCUUACAUGUUCCUGGUGUUCCCAUCAUGGUUCCACACCAAAUACCCGCAGCUGAUGGAAGUUGUGAAAACCAACCAAGAGCGUCUGACGACCCACACGGACGUCUACGAGACUUUGAUUGACCUGCUGUACUUUAAAGCAGAGACCGGGAAAGAAAGUCUCACCCAGCCCAGGUUUAGCUUGUUCAAAGAAAUUCCAGAAGGACGCACGUGUGAGCAUGCGCAGAUUCCUGUGGAGUACUGCGCCUGUAUGGGUUUCACAGAGGCCAAGUUAAGCAAGACGUUGGGUCACUUUCUGGGCCUGGCUCUCGUAGACAGAGUGAACACACUUAUUCCAGAAAAAAUCAAAUCAAAUUGCACAACGUUAAAACUGGAAAAGGUCACCGAUCCAGUAGAAAUGACUAGCAACGCUGACAUUAAAACGUAUCAUGUGACCGUGACGACCCAACCCAACGACGCCAUUUAUGAAGGUGAUGUCGUUUUGACCAGUACGAAUGAAGCGGCUGUGUCUGGUGACAUAGUCAGACUGAACCUUUACAAAAACCAGGCAGAUUGCAUCGAAGACCCUAAAUUAAAGCCAUUUUGUUACUGUACCAACUGAUACUUAUGAAUAUGU